AUGGUCUACGCGUGCGUCGCCGUACUCGUGAUGGAAGCAAUGCGCCACCGGAAAACCCUAGAGGCUAAGAGCACGCUCAAGCUGUACACCUCUUGGAUUUACCACUACAAGAGUCACCUGAGCGGGGCCAGCAUCGGCGAGAUCACACUCCCAUACAUCUUCUUGUACCGACUCGCUAGCACCUCGUUGGUGAACCUGGAAAACCAGCCGGUCGUCAUGGUGAUCGCCGCGCGGAACUCGAAGACAUCCAAGGAUGCACGUAUUCAGCAGAGCUACGCGGCGUGGCACCUCGAAGCGGAGUUGUGCGCCGUCGGCGAGGCCGGCCUGUGGCUGCACUUUAUCCUCGACUGGAUCGGCCAGUUUCACGGCGCCGACCUCAUUCCGCCGGUGGACACCAGCACGCGCGAGCGCUCGUACAAGAAGCACAUGUUCUUUGCCCGCAACGAUGAGGAGCAAAAUGAACUCCCUGCUGCCAGCCACCAGCAAUGGAUGAGGCAGAUGUGGAAGACGAACGGGGUGUUCCGCAAGCGGAACGUCCACGCCGCUCGAGCAGGCAGGGCGCAGGAGAUGGCCAUCGGUGGUACGUAUCGCGCCGAGAUAGCCGAGCUUGGCCACUGGGCGAUCAACAAGAUGACUCGAGCUUACAUCACAGCCAUUUCCGUCGGCGUGGUGAUGAAGAAGGCCGGCUAUUCGGGUGCCAAGCAAGACUACUUCUUGGGUCGCAGUAGGGUGCCACCCUUCGAUGAACUCCUGGAGCUCAUCGCCAAGCACAUCUUCCCCAGCGUUGACGACCUGCUUAAGAAGAGGAUGCGCCACAUGAUAAAGGUCAUUGAUGCAGUGCGCCAUCUUCCCCGGAGCGACGGCGAGGCCGACACAGAAGCCGUCGUCGCUGCGCUUAACAAGAUCGCGGCACGUGGCAUUGGGACCUUCUCGGAUGCCCUCACUGUGCUCAACGCGGACACCAUAGCGACGUACUCCGAGCCGGGUAAGGGCGUUAAGGGGCUCGGCAAGAGGGAAGUUUCCAAGCUUCGUGUCGCCUGUGCGUUCAUGGCUCGCGGGCUGAAGCCAGAAAAGUGGGUCGCCGAGCUGUUCCCGGACACCUGGAAGGAGCAGAUGAAGAUGACGUUGGCCGACAUGGCCUAG